CCAAUUGCCCCCCCCCCCUCUUCCAGUUUAGGCCGCCCCCGCCCAAUGUACAAACCCUAACUCUUCCUCAGAACUCAGAACCCCCAAUCGACAUGGUAUCUGACGCAGAUGAAGACGAUGACUUCUCCGGGAGUGAGGGCGACGAGGGCUUGGACGAGGACAUGGAAGCCCUAAGGAGGGCCUGCAUUCUCACGGGAACCGACCUCAAUUCCCUCCAACCCCCUGCCAAUGAAACCACCGCCUCUGAUUGCGACGAUGACGAUGACGACGACAUGGAAUUGGUUCGCGGGGUACAGCGGAGGUUGUCGGCAUGCAAUCACGCGGAGGCGCCUCUCUUUCUCAAGCCCCUCAGCACGCUCCCGCCGGCUCUCUCGGACCCAGAUGAUGAUGAGGACGAUUUCGAGAUACUCCGUGCCAUUCAAAAGCGUUUUUCCGGAUAUGUUCAAGACAGGGAGAAAAAUGGCAAGGGAAAAUUUAUGAGUAAAGUGGAGCAUGUCCGUUCCAACAGCAUAGCCUUGGAGAAGGAAACUUCCAAUAACUUAGUUGUAGACAGCACUAAUGUUUCUGAGGGAUUUCCAGAUUCUUUAGAUUUUUACACCACCUCCCAGAGUUCCGAAUCAAUUAAUAACAUUACUCACGGGGUUAGUUCAUCAGGCUUAGUUGAGUGGCAUCAACCAGAUGAUCAUGGUUUGGCUAUAAUGCCAUGCAGCGGUUCUAGCUUCCCAAAGUCUGCACAGAUGUUUGUUGAUGCCAUCAAGAAGAACAGGGCCUGUCAGAAAUUUCUUAGAAGCAAGUUGAUGCAGAUUGAAGCAAGGAUUGAAGAGAACAAAACACUGAAGCAGCGUGUUAAACUUCUGAGAGAUUUUCAGGUUAGCUGCAAAAAAAGGACUGGGCGAGCAUUGUCCCAGAAGAAGGAUGCUCGUGUCCAGCUGAUUUCAGCCAUAAAGCCAAGGGCUAAUUCCAAGGUGAAUGGGAAAAAUGGCUCUCCUUUAUAUUAUGGCCCUAAUGAGAAUUCUCAUGUCACUAGUUAUAGAAUGGUAUUGAAGAAAUUUCCAAUCUCGUUGAAUCAUGAAAAGUGGUCUCAUGAAGAAAGGGAGAAUCUUGCCAAGGGAAUAAAACAGCAAUUCCAAGAACUGUUGCUUCACAAGUCAGUUGAUUUAAUCAGUGAUGUAGAGGGAUCCUCUGGAGAUUCAAAUGACUUUGAUAGUAUGAUUGCAUCAAUUAGGGAUCUUGAUAUCGCCCCUGAGACUAUUAGAUCGUUUUUGCCCAAGGUUAACUGGGAGCGGUUGGCCUCUAUGUACGUCCCAGGUCAUUCUGGUGCCGAAUGUGAAGCAAGGUGGUUGAACUGUGAAGACCCCUUAAUCAAUCACCACUCAUGGUCUAGAAGGGAGGAUAAGGAACUUCUGCGUAUUAUCCAAGAAAGGGGUAUCAGUGACUGGAUUGACAUUGCCGUUUUGUUGGGAACAAACAGGACCCCAUUUCAGUGCCUGGCUCGUUAUCAAAGAAGUCUUAAUGCUUCGAUACUGAAGAGGGAGUGGACUGAGGAUGAUGAUGAUAAACUUCGCGCUGCUGUAGAAACUUUUGGCGAGGGUAAUUGGCAGCUUGUGGCUUCUACUUUGGAAGGACGGACAGGUACCCAAUGCUCUAAUAGAUGGAUAAAAUCCCUUCACCCAGCUAGGCAAAGGGUAGGGAGGUGGACUUUGGAUGAGGACAAGCGACUGAAAGUAGCAGUGAUGCUCUUUGGGCCAAAAAACUGGAAUAAAAUAGCUCAAUUUGUUCCUGGUCGAACUCAUGUGCAGUGUAGAGAGAGAUGGGUCAAUAGCUUAGAUCCUUCUUUGAGAUUUGGUGGAUGGACUCAAGAAGAGGAUUCAAAGUUGGAUGCAGCAGUUGCAAAACAUAGAGAUUGCUGGUCUAAGGUUUACUGGUCUAAGGUUGCUGCGUGUGUGCCUCCCCGUACUGAUAAUCAGUGUAAGAGGAGGUGGAAGGAUAUACAUCCAGUUGAAUGGUCAUGGCUCCAAGCAGCUAGAAAGAUACAAAACGUAGCUCUCAUAUCAAACUUCGUAGAUAGGGAGUCAGAACGACCUGCCCUUGGACCAAAUGAUUUCAUUCCGCUGGCAAUCACAAAUGCAGUUGCGGAAUCUGAAAAUGUAAAUCCUUCUGGAAAACGAAAGAGGAAAUCAAGGUCCAGGAGACCUACGAAGGAAGCUCAAAGCUGUCCUGGGGAAGUUCCACUGUUAACCAAUGGCAAUGGGAUUGAGAACUAUGGUGGUGAUGCUAUUUCAAAGAAUAGAGUGAUGAAGCCACGACGAUCAAAGAAGAAUAGAAACUUUGAACCAACUCAAGAUUGUGCAAGGGACAGUCAAGUUGGACCAUCUGAUGGGACGACAAAGAGGAAUAGGUCUUUUGGGAGGCGAAAAAGGAAAUCUAGUGCGAGGCCGGAAGCAGCUUCCAUGGAUGAUGCCAUUUCGAGGACGGAAAGAGAAAAGAAGCCGUAUUCUAAGGGGAAUAAACACCCUCGUCCAAGAAUAGCUCAUUUAGCAGCUAGUGAAAAGUUAUCAAAAAUAUUAGAGGUUAAAGAACUUAGUGGUGAUCAUGCUGUGAAGAAUAGAAAGGCAUCUGAACAAUGUCGAAGAGAGAGUAAAUGUGUUCAACUGUUAGAUGAAAGCUCAGGGAUGAUCAAUUCAGAUAAGAUUGUGAGCUUCAAGGAAAAUAAUGCUAUUUCAGAGAAGCGUGUUGAUUCAACUCAAGUUGAUUCAUCAUUUUGUCAAGUUUCAACAUUAUCAAAGAUAACGGACAUUAAUGAGGUUGAAGCCUUCAGUGAUGUUGGUGCAAGGAAUAAGAAUUCUCAUGAACCCAGAUCAAAGAGGAGUAAAUAUAACAGACUUAUGCUGGAACUUUUAGAGAUAAGCGAUUCUGGUGAAGCAGAUACAUUAAGGGGCAAUGAUGCCAGUUUGGGGAAGAAAAAGGUUACCAAGCGAAGUUUGAAAAAGUGCAGUGGAGUAAGUCAUUCGUCAUCUUCAAAGUCUUGUAUGAUUAUUGAGGGGCAUAAAAGGUCAAGAACUACCAAUAAGUCUAUUUCUAAUUAUAUUUCUGAGGUUGAAGACAGGGAUGACAUGACUCUUGCAUCAUUUAUUCAGAACCAACGGAAGAAGAGAAAGCUUAACCUCACUGAAACAGUUAGUUUUGUUGUUGGACCCAGCGCUCCUCCCCCUGGAUUUGAGAAAAUCCGGAAUACGGCAGAUAUGCAUCAUAAUACGAACAAUGAGGAUUAAACAGAUUUUGCCUUCUUGUAUCAGUCAUCCUUUUUCCAACCCCUUAUUAGUCUAGACUUUAAAUAGUAGUUAAUGUAUUUUCCUACAUAGGCAUUUAACUUACCAACCCCUGGAUUUAGCAAUUUUGUUAGCAUAAAAGUGUGUUGCUCGGGGGGAUUUUGAAGAGUUGCACCUGUAUAGUCGUAUUUCUGAUGAGCAUGAGCAUUCUUUUGUAAAUGGCUUUGUGGCCUUGUAAACUAAGGUUUGAAGCUUGUUAUUUCUGUGGAUUCCUUUGAUGAAAAAGAUACCAAAAAGGCUUGGCAUAUGUGCUAGUUUUGGCCUGCUUGAGACGCACAGAUUAAAUAGAAAUUAUCGUUUGUUUUC